UUGACUAGCACCAAGUUGUCCUAUUUGACCUGUGGCGCGCUGCGAGGACCCCACUAUAGGAGCCUCUGCACUCAGCUGGCCGUGCGCUGCUAGCAUCAGGACCUGAACAUGGACCUGUACCCUGCAGCUUUCCUCCUGGCAGCGCUCGCCUGCGCCGUGUGUGGCACAGACAUGGGAAGCUACACCAAAACCGAGGGUGCGUGGCUCAUCUCCCUAAACAAGCAUCAGUAUUCCACUAACACGGCGGACGAGUGUGCCGCCAAAUGUGAUGCUGAAACUGGCUUCACGUGCAGGGCCUUUAUGUACGUGGAGAAGGAUCAAGAAUGUUGGACAGCAGGAGCAAACUCCAAAAUAGAGUCAGUUCUUCGCAGAUCCAGCGCAGCUUUAUAUGAAAAAGGAGAUUACCUCCUGGAGUGUGUGAAGGGCAUCGGGAAGGACUACAGAGGAACAAAAGCCAGAACAAAGUCAGGAAAGGAGUGUCAGCGCUGGGAAGCUAAAUUCCCCCACAGGCCCAACAUCACACCAGAGAGCCACCCGCUAGCCGACCUGGAGUCCAACUUCUGCAGAAACCCCGAUGGAGACAGCGGGGGUCCCUGGUGCUACACCACUGACGCCAACACCCGCUGGGAGCACUGCGGCGUGCCCAGCUGCACAGAGGAGUGCAUCCACUGCAGCGGCGAGGACUACCGAGGGAAGGUCACCACCACCGAGAGCGGCUACACCUGCCAGCGCUGGGACUCGCAGAAACCUCACAACCACGGCUACAUUCCCAGCGCGCUUCCAGAGAAGUAUCUAGAAGAGAACUACUGCAGGAAUCCAGAUGGAGACCCUCGGCCGUGGUGCUUCACGACCAGCUCCACCAAGCGAUGGGAGAUCUGCUCCAUCCCUCGCUGCACGUCAGAACCUCCCACCGUCGUCCCUGAGAUGACAUGCGCCACCGGCGAAGGCAGCGCCUACCGAGGCACCAUUGCUGUGACCGAAUCUGGCAAAACGUGUCAGAGUUGGUCAGCUCAAACGCCGCACAAACACAACCGCACGCCUGACAACUACCCCUGCAGAGGUCUAGAUGCCAACUAUUGCCGUAACCCAGACAGUGAGAGGAAGCCCUGGUGUUACACCACCGACUCUGAAACCCGCUGGGAGUAUUGCAGUGUGCCAACAUGUGGGGACGGACCUGGACCAGAUGAGCCUGUGAUCCCUUCAGACGAAGAUGACUGCUAUGUGGACAACGGCUCAAGUUACCGAGGGGUCACGUCAGAAACCAUCCGUGGGAAGAAAUGUCAGGCCUGGAGCUCCAUGAGUCCACAUGCGCACGCCAAGACGCCAGAACACUUCCCCACAGCCGACCUCCAGAGGAAUCUGUGCAGAAACCCCGAUGGAGACCGAGCUCCCUGGUGCUACACCACUGAUCCUUUAGUUCGCUGGGAGUACUGCAGCAUCGACAAAUGUUCCAGUAAACCCCAAGGAGGCACACCCACCACUGAACGAACUACACCUGACAAACCUACCAGCCAGUCUCCCACCCAGAAAGACUGCAAGGUGGGCAAUGGUGCCACUUACAGAGGGCAGACUUCCAUCACCAUACUGGGCGUCACUUGCCAGGAUUGGAGUGCUCAGACGCCCCACAAACACAACAGCUUCACCCCUGAAACACACCCUGACAAGGGCUUGGAGGGCAAUAGCUGCAGAAACCCUGAUAGCGAUGUGAACGGACCGUGGUGCUACACCACAGACCGAAACAAGAAAUGGGAUUUUUGUCAGAUCCCCGACUGCGCGGGCCUGUCUUGCGGGACACCCGUGGUCAAACCCAAGCGCUGUUUUGGCCGUAUCGUGGGGGGCUGCGUGGCCAAAGCGCACUCGUGGCCGUGGCAGAUCAGCCUGCGCACCAAUAGAGGUAUUCACUUCUGUGGAGGAACUUUGAUUGAUCCCCGGUGGGUGCUGACGGCUGCACACUGCCUGGAGAGCUCCAAGCGGCCCUCGGCCUACAUGAUCAUUCUGGGCGUGCACACAGAGAGAGCCCAAGAGGCGUCCAAACAGAUGAGGGGGCUGGAGAAACUGGUGCUGGGACCCAACGGGGCCGACAUUGCACUGCUCAAAUUGGACAGGCCUGCAAUCAUUAAUGACAAAGUCCUGCCAGCUUGUCUACCAGAGAAGGAUUACAUCGUGCCUAGUGGUGCCGAGUGCUACGUCACAGGAUGGGGUGAAACUAAAGGUACGGGAGGAGAAGGCAUUCUCAAGGAGACGGGCUUCCCUGUCAUCGAGAACAAAGUCUGCAAUCGUCCGUCGUACCUUAAUGGCAGAGUGAAAGACCACGAGAUGUGUGCCGGAAACAUUGCUGGAGGCACCGACAGCUGCCAGGGUGACAGCGGCGGUCCUCUGGUGUGUAAAUCCAACAACAAGUUUAUCCUGCAGGGCGUCACGUCCUGGGGUUUGGGCUGUGCCAACGCAAUGAAGCCUGGCGUCUAUGCUCGAGUGUCAAAGUUUGUGGACUGGAUUGAGCGAACCAUCAGAACCAAUUAAAAAGAAAAACUGAUGUUGAAGGGAGGACCUACAGUUGCAUUUGCCUUGAAAGUAAGCGGAGUUAUUUGUUCAAUCAUGACUGUCCACGGGCCCAAAUAGAACACUCUUUAUUCAACUAUUGGUGGUCACUAAUUACAAUAAAAACAAUAUUUGAAUCAAUUAUACCUUAGUGUGGAGGCCAUCAAAAGCACGGAUGGAGGUGACAGAACGUGAAUAAAUACUUGGAGGAUUUCAAA